AUGUCUGGAAUCAUCGACAAGACCAAGGACGCCGUCAGCAACGCCGCCGAGGCUGUGAAGGACAAGUUCCAAGAGAUGACCGGAACGACGCCCGCCGACCGCGCCAAGGACAACGCCCAAGACGCCUGGGACCAGACCAAGGACAAGGCCCAUGACAAGAAAGAGGACGCCAAGGACUGGGCCAGCGACAAGUUGCACGAGGCCGGCCGAAAGAAAGUUACUUUCUACGCUCACCCAACCGCAAUCAUGCCCGGAAUCAUCGACAAAACAAAGGACGCCGUCUCCAACGCCGCUGAAGCUGUGAAGGACAAAUUCCAAGAGGUCACCGGCACCACCCCCGCCGACCGCGCCGAGGACAACGCCAAGAGCGCGUGGAACGAGACCAAGGAUCGCUGCUGCGAUAAGAAGGAGGAAGCCAAGGACUGGGCCUCGGAGAAGCUGCACAAAGCCGGCCGCAAGAUCGACGAGCAC